CACUGCAGCUACACGUGCAAGUAGCGAUUUAUAAACAUUUUGUAUUACCAAUAAAAUAUGAAGAAAAAGCAGGUGGAAAGUGCAUCCGAGGACUCCGAGGGAUCCAACGAAGAGGAGCUGCAGGCGGAUGACUCCGAGGGUUUUGACGAUGAGGAUCUGCAAGCGGAAGACUCCGAGGAUGAGGAAUCCGGAGAUUCCGAACAGGAUCUUGGUGCCAGUGACACUGAGUCCGAUGAAGAUGACAGCGAGGAUGAGGAAGUUAAGACUGUACCCAAAAGCCGGGCAGAGAUUAUUGACGAGCAGAUCCACACCAAGUACGACCAGCUUAAAGGCACCCGGCUUUACGUCCGCUUUCCCCAGAAAUUGCCACUGGACUUGGAAGAGUUCAAUGCCAAGGUGAAGGCGUUGCACCCACUGGUGGUUAAGUCCUCAAAGCCGCGCCAAAAGCACGCCCGCUUCUGCCUAGUUGAUUUCGGGUCCAAGGAAAAUCGUGACCAAGCCUUUAAGGACAUUAAAACCAACAUCGAGAAGGAUGCCAAGUAUAAGGGUAUAUAUGUUUCCCUACCCAAAACUGAUUCCGAUGAUUUUGUAAACGAACUGGUGACGCGCAAGCAGACAUCUCUGGAGAACAAACGCACCAAGGCGCUGAUGAAGCGGGCCACCAAGAAAGGGCAGACCAAAGGCCACUUCACCUCUUCCGUGGUCAUAACCAAUCUGCCCAAAACCAGUUCGGUGGCUCAGGUUCGACAGCUGUUCGAGGAGGCAGUGGACAUUCAAAUAAAGCCAGGAAAGGGCAAGUUCCGUAACUACAGCACUGCGACCGUAACCCUACCAACAACCCACGAUGCACGCAAGGUCAUUAAAAAAAAACUGAGUCUAUCGGGCACGCCACUGACACUGCGGUUCAACACUCAGAAAAAGCGAAGCCCGAAAGAUAAGCUCAAGCAAAAAGCGGAAAACGGGAAGUCCCCCAAAAAGAACCAGAAAACACAAGUGGAAAAAGGGAAGUCCCCCAAAAUUGAGAAACAGAAAGUAAAUCUGAAGAGAAAAUCGCCUAAGGAGAAGACCAACAAUAUUAAGACCCCCAAGAAGUUAAAGAAACUAAGCGCUGAAUAGAGAAUAAUUAAUGUUUCCUAAUUUUAAUAAAAAUACCCAUUUUUAAUUGACAAUUAAAACAUAA